GGCAUUUCACAGACUCCUAUCUUGACCCAGCUGCCGAGGCCGCUCAAGGACCCUUUUGUAUAAUCGACAAUACAUGGAACCAAUCGUCUCUUCUCCGCCGUUGACUGCUGUCCUAUGGUAGAAAAAAGGCGGGUCUUCCGGCUUCGGUUGCUAAGACAAGCACGUUUCUCUCCUUAACAACCACAGGGAGACUGGCAUUUGGGGCUUGGGGUCGAGGUGAAGCAGGCUGCUUUGCCCCUUCCCACGGGUCACAGUGGACAGACAAUGGCAGACACUGGGGAGGGGAAGAAAGAGGAGGCAGACUAUAAGAGACUUCACAGCUUCCCCCUGAUCAGGCAUACAGACAUGCCAGAAGAAAUGCGAGUAGAGGCCAUGGAGUUAUGUGUCACUGCUUGUGAGAAAUAUGCAACCAACAAUGAGAGUGCUGCCAAGAUGAUCAAAGAAACAAUGGACAAGAAGUUUGGCUCCUCUUGGCAUGUAGUGAUUGGUGAGGGCUUUGGCUUCGAGAUCACCCAUGAGGUGAAGAAUCUGCUGUAUAUGUUCUUUGGAGGCAGUCUUGCUGUUUGUGUUUGGAAGUGCUCCUGACAUACUGUCUCGAUAUCCAGGCUUAUUAGAUUCAGGAGAAUUUUUCUCAGACUUUUCAUUGGUUUUUGUACAAUUUAAAGGGCAGCUUUAUUUUUAAUAAUAAAAUAUUGCGUGUUUUCUUAUUUAUAUACUGGUUUUAUGAAAAAUAUUUAGUAUGUCCACAUGUAUGUAAAUCUGUUUGAGCUACUUAAUCCAGCUCAUAGAGUCUUUGAUUUUACCAAUGUGGCUUUUUUUGCUUAGAGGUGGAACCACACAAGAGGAAUCAGGAGUUUAUUAAGCCAUACUUUGCAGGUGAUUUGAGAGAGACCUGCUUUGCUUUGCUUUGCUUUCCUAUCCCUCCCAUUUUCUGGGAGAAGUUCUGAAACUGACAGCUGAUUUCUUUCUGCCUGCAAGACAGCCACCUGGCUGUGAGAAGUUUCUGUGCCAGCUUGAAAAGCCUGACCUAGUGGACGGUUGCUAGGAGAAUUGCCCUUCCACCUCCUCACAACACCUACAGAGCACUGAUAUAGCUUCUGAAGCAUAUGGCACACAAAUAAGACUAUUUUGCAUAGCAUGUGGGAUGGGGUGGGAGUGUCACGAUGCCAAUAUGUUGUUCAGAGACUGGUAGUGUGGGAAGAAGUUCGGUCUGAACUGCCAGUUUCUCAAACUUCUAAGUACAAUUGUACUUCCAUUUUGUAGAGACUAAUAAUACUAUCAGAAGGGCGUUUGAUUCAUGGAACGGUCCUAAUUGUAUUUUCUACAUAGCUUAUUUGAAUUUGGAGUGUGAAGGGGACUUUUUACAAUAAAAAGUUUUGUAAAUGUA